AUGGGGAACAUCUUCGCCGUGGAACCGAAACAAUUAUACACCGAAUCGCCGACCUCGGACAAAUACGCCAAAGUCGGACUCGGUGGAAUCCCAGGCGCCAUUCUCGCCGUCGGUAUACUCGCCGGCGUGUUCUUCGGCGUCCAAACGUUAGGGAGCUUCGAAGAGGUGAACAACGAAUUCGCCGGCUACGACGGCGAGUCCGUUUCGUAUUACUCGGAGAAAUUUUCCUCGUAA